AUGACUUCCACCACCGCUGCCGUCGCUCCCACCGCCGCCAUGCGUCCCUCGAGGGUGCCUCUGCUGCGCGUGCCCCGGCUGGCAAGCCUCCUCUGGGCAGAGAUCCUGGUGCGGGGUGGAGAGGAAUUGGGCGGAGAUGAGACGGGGGCUGGAGGCGCUGGAGAAGCUGCGGGAGCCGGUGGGGUGGGAGGGGGACCUGGGGGCGUAGUCGGAGGAGGCGGAGAUCCGAAGAGGGGAGAAUUGGGCUGGUGCGAGUGCUGCUGGGGGCGCUGCUUCGCGGCCAAUCUGGCGUGA